AUGACACAACCUACUAAAUUUCAACCUCCUCCACCAACAACAUCAUCAAACUCCAAUGCUACAAUUCUUCCACCUACAAUCAACCAAGUUACGUAUUUCGGUAGAGUAUACACUUUAUACGAUGCAAUGUUACUAGUAGAAGCAUGCAGGCUCAAUAUCCUCCCUACAAUAGAUCGUCGAUUAACCACAUUUGAACGACUGAAGUUGAUCAAACCUAAUAGUAUAUUCAUUUGGAAUGAAACCAAGAGUGGUAUGAAACGGUGGACAGACGGUAAAUUAUGGUCAGCGUCAAAAGUCAUAUUUGGUAAUUUCUUGCAGUAUCGCGAAAUCAACAAGAGUACAAAGACGCCAGAAAUUAAUGGAUUGAUUAAGCAAUCUUUUAGUUUGAAUACCAAAGAUGGUCAACGAUUUCAUUUGAUUUCUUACUAUAGACCUAAUCGUGGGGUAAAAUACAAUAACAACCAGCUGAAGUUGAAUACCCCUACUACUGGUAUUGCUCCAGAAAAUAGUGGUGGAAGCGAUGAUGAUGAUGGUGAUGCCGACGUCAACAGGGUGUUGAAGAAACGCAAGUUGUUGCAAAAUUCAGACAACAUUACACCAAACUCAUUCUCAUAUCCAGUAUCAGCUUCAAUUUCAAAUUCAGGACAACUACAACUGCUACAACAACAACAACAACAACAACAACAACAACAGUUGCUACACGAAGAUUAUGAAGAUGGAUACAUUGUGUGUAUACCAUCGCAUGAUCCUAAAUUGAACAAAUUGCCACUCUCUAAUGAUAUCUAUCCUACUCAUACACUACAAGCAAUACCAAAGAGUCUUCGUGGUGGGUUCCCAAGUACAACUACCACUACUGCCGCUACAACAAUACCAAAUACACCAGCUACUCCAUCAUCGUUAUUCAAAGAUGCUGAUUAUUCAUCGAGAGAGGAAGAAGAAGAAGAAGAAGAAGAUAAUGAUGAUGAAGUAGAACGAUCGAAUAGAUCGACACCUAAUAACAUUAAUAUUGGACCAAUUGGAAUUAAUGACUCAACGUCACUGGAACAACAACAGCAACAACAACAAAAUCAAUUCAACUCUUCAAAUCAAACUGUUCCUACUUAUACCCAUCUUCAAGAGGCACUAAACAGCUAUAGUCAUCAACUGCCACUGGCACCAACAACAACAACUCUAUCUGCACAUGGAUCUGGACACGCAUCUGGACCUGCAUCGCAUCCAUACACUAACUACCCAAACUAUGCAAUUCCAACAACCACUGCAUCGACGAAUAGCGCAACACCCAUUUUCCAACUCGCUCCUCAAUUUGCAACCUUGCCACAACAACAACAACAACAACAACAACAACAACAACAACAAUCACCAGGAGCAGCUCCCGUCGCUCCUCCACAUCCACAUCCAUCUUUCUAUUCGACUGCCACCACUGAGUCACCCACAAGCAAUUUUCAACUGAAGUUGAACAACUAUGAUUACAUCAAACGUUGUGAUUUACAAAUUGUUGAUAUUUUGAAUAAAGGGUUUUUGAAAUGA